AUGGCAGGAAGGAAUCAAACUGCCAUCACAGAGUUCCUCCUCCAGGGCCUGCCCAUCGAGUCAGAGCGGAAAAACCUGUUCUAUGCCCUGUUCCUGGUCAUGUAUGUUACCACCGUCCUGGGGAACCUCCUCAUCAUUUUCCUGAUUCGCCUGGACUCUCAACUCCACACGCCCAUGUAUUUGUUUCUCAGUAACUUGUCCUUCUCUGACCUCUGCUUCUCCUCUGUCACAAUGCCCAAGUUGCUGCAGAACAUGCAGAGCCAAGUCCCAUCCAUCCCCUACACAGGCUGCCUGACCCAGAUGUACUUCUUCCUGUUUUUUGGAGACCUGGAGAGCUUCCUCCUUGUGGCCAUGGCCUAUGACCGCUAUGUGGCCAUCUGCUUCCCCCUGCACUACACCACCAUCAUGAGCCCCAAGCUCUGUCUCUCCCUGGUGGCGCUGUCCUGGGGGCUGACCACGUUGCAUGCCAUGUUACACACUCUGCUCAUGGCCAGGUUGUGUUUUUGUGCCGACAAUGUGAUUCCUCACUUUUUCUGUGACAUGUCUGCUCUGCUGAAGCUGUCCUGCUCUGACACUCAAGUCAAUGAGUUGGUGAUAUUUAUCAUGGGAGGGCUCAUUCUUGUCAUCCCGUUCCUACUCAUCCUCACAUCCUAUGCACGAAUUGUGUCAUCUAUUCUCAAGGUCCCUUCUGCUAGAGGUAUUCGCAAGGCCUUCUCCACCUGUGGCUCCCACAUGGCUGUGGUGUCACUGUUCUAUGGGACAGUUAUUGGUCUCUAUUUAUGCCCAUCAGCUGAUAAUUCUACUGUGAAGGAUAUGGUCAUGGCUAUGAUGUACACUGUGGUGACACCCAUGCUGAACCCGUUCAUCUACAGCCUGAGGAACAGAGACAUGAAGGGAGCCCUGGGAAGAGUCUUUUGUAGAAAGAAAACUCCCUUUUCUGUAUGAUGAUAAAGCUUAGU